AUGUGGACUCGAGUGUUGAAACGCGAUCUUCCUCGCUACACGUCUGGCCUCUUCUCGACGGCCCAUUUGGCCUCGCUGGCCGCCAGCCUAUUGGCUGGUGGAUCCUCGGGGCCCCCGAUGCAUGGGCUCGAAGCGCAGGCCCUCUCCGCCAUCUGGUCCCAGCUCGGCAUCGGCCUCCCCUCCGGCUUGCCCCUCCUCGGCGCCCCCACCGGAGCUGCUCCGGCCUGCGCCCUGUCCGACCCCGGUUGGCACGGCAACCGGCCGGCCAGACCUAAACACCCAGUCAACUCGCAUCACCAACACCAACACCAGCAUCAGUCUGAUCCCGACCCCGAGACCGCGCAUGGGGCACGGAGUCAGGCGCCUGAGACCGGUGUUUUCACGGACUUCCUGUUGGCCAGUAUCAAAACGGAAUUCGAGCCGGUCACCAACCCGCCUGAAAGCGGCCUCAGCGACGACAGGGUCUGCAAUCAGGCUCUGACCGGCGCGAUUCCCGAGGCAGAUCGGCUGAUGGAGACCCACGCCACGGCAACAUCUGCCACCUCCUCUCAGAUCAGAGUCUUUCCAGCCUCCAUCGAGGUGCCCCUGUCGUCGACGUCGGCGUCGGCG